AUUUUGGGGUAUAAAACUAAACACUGCAUUGAACUCCGUUUAAAAAGUACCGUUAUUUAUUUUAUACUAAAAAAGAAGAAGCAGUAGAAGAAGAUUCAAUCUGUUGAAUCUAUUCUACCCCCCUCCUCUUCUCUCUUUUAACUUUUCGCUUAAUUUCUUUUUGAAAUCUUUUCUAUAAACUUUUUUCUGUCUACUCUUGGAGAUAUCGUCGCCAUGGAUCUAGAUCUCUGGAUUACUAAAGUUAAAGAAGGCCAACAUUUAAUGGAAGAUGAGCUUCAACUUCUAUGUGAAUUCGUCAAAGAGAUACUUAUUGAGGAAUCAAAUGUUCAGCCAGUACAUAGUCCAGUCACUGUUUGUGGUGAUAUCCAUGGCCAGUUUCAUGAUCUAAUGAAACUGUUCCAAACAGGAGGUCAUGUGCCCGAAACAAAUUAUAUAUUUAUGGGUGACUUUGUUGAUCGUGGGUACAACAGUCUUGAAGUUUUUACAAUUCUUCUACUUCUUAAAGCAAGAUACCCUGCUCAUAUAACUUUAUUGCGUGGAAACCAUGAAAGCAGACAGCUUACUCAGGUUUAUGGUUUUUAUGAUGAGUGCCAGAGGAAGUAUGGAAAUGCCAAUGCGUGGCGGUACUGCACAGAUGUUUUUGACUACCUUACACUUUCAGCAAUUAUAGAUGGAACGGUGCUAUGCGUCCAUGGUGGUCUUUCUCCUGAUGUUCGAACAGUUGAUCAGAUGAGAGUGAUAGAGCGAAAUUGUGAAAUCCCUCAUGAAGGGCCAUUCUGUGAUCUAAUGUGGAGUGACCCUGAAGAGAUUGAAACAUGGGCAGUUAGUCCGAGAGGUGCAGGUUGGCUUUUUGGAUCUCGAGUGACAACUGAGUUCAAUCACUUAAACAAUCUAGAUCUGGUUUGCCGGGCACACCAGCUUGUACAAGAAGGUCUCAAGUAUAUGUUUCAAGAUAAAGGCCUUGUAACCGUGUGGUCGGCGCCAAAUUAUUGUUAUCGAUGUGGAAAUGUGGCUUCUAUAUUGAGCUUCAAUGAGAAUAUGGAGAGAGAAGUCAAAUUCUUUACAGAGACUGAAGAGAACAACCAAAUGAGAGGUCCCAGGUCAACUGUUCCUUAUUUUUUAUGAGUGAUGCUACUUUGUCCCUUGUAAAAUUGUUUCAGGAGUUAGGUGAUUCGAUAUUGUCAUUGAAAAGAAAGGAAAUAGCAAAACGUUGAUAACGAGGAAGCCUUGAAUAGACACAACAUUUGCAGAAAUAUAUCUCUCCUGUUUUGCUAGCAAGAUUCUUUGGAGUUUAUCUGGUCUUUGCAGCAGCUUUUGAUAUUUGUGCAAUGUAUAUUAUAGACGAAUUAACCUGUUUUCAUCACCUUAGCUAACAUUAUUUCUUCCAUCACCUAUCUGACGUAUUCAGACAAGUUUCAGAAAAAUUCGAGAAUCUGUGAUAAUUUUAAGCAAAUAGGACCCAUAGCUAUCUG